GUAUUAUAUAAACACUUCAAAGUGGCGGUACAAAAAACAGUAAGACGACAAUGUUCGCGAAAUUUAUCCCUGUACUGUUCCUGCCGUUUUGUCUGGCCAAAUCCACAGAUGUGACUUUCAAAAAUGCAACUUUUCGUGGAUACAGCCUGUUCACGGAAAAGUUCAAGAAGACCAUCCCGCUUUCAAAUAGUUUAAAGGAUAACCUACCAGAGUCAGCCUUUGAUAAGAUUGAGUUUAUAGACCAAAAUAUUCCGGUGCUGUACCAAGAUUCUUUGGCUGAUCUAGACGAGUUGGACGAGUUGGUAUUAGAACAUUGUGGCGUAUAUGAGAUUCAACCUGGUGCUUUGAAGAAUGUGCCGAUGCUGAGAAGGCUUUCUUUAAAGGGCAACAAGAUUGAGGCAAUCAAAGAAGGCGUUUUCAAUAACCUAGAGCUCUCUACGGUAGAUUUAAGCCUCAAUCUCAUAACGACCAUCCACAGCAGUGCCUUCAAUGACCUGCCCAGCCUGCUAAACAUAAACCUGGCCGACAAUAACAUUCAAAAGUGGAACAAGAACUGGUUCAAAAACACCCCUUUACUUACAAGAGUGUCCAUGCAGAACAACUCCAUCGCCAAACUACCCAACUACGCUUUCAAGAACUUAGCCGGGAACAAAAGUUUUGGCAAAUUGAAAUUAACUGUAAAUAUAGUUCUGAGCUACAACAAAAUCAGGACAAUUGAACCGGAAGCAUUUAGAGGUCUUACAGAAGUAAACCACCUGUGGUUGGAUAACAACCAGCUCCAAGAGUUCGGUGACGAUUUGCUAAAUGGCGUCGACGUCAAAGAUUUGAGGUUGAACAACAACAACAUCCGUUGUUUGGAUGGCAACCUGGCCAGGAUCAUCAAAGCUGAGUCAACUCAGUUGGACUCCAAUCCUUUCGAUUGCGAAUGCUUGAGUAAAAUUAAAGAUUGGGCGAAAAAGAAUAAUAAAAACGUCCAAUUGUUCUUCUCUGAGAUGGACUGUUCUGCGCAGAGGAUCAGAAUUAAAAUGACCGCCCUUGAGAAGAGGCUUAAAGAGAUCAGGGAUCAAGAUAACGAUAUUGAGGUAGCAGAAGGGAAACCUUCAUCAAAUCCUAUCAAAUGAUUCUUACGGAUUUUCUUGUUAGUGUAGUAUAUAUUUUUCAUUACAUUUUUAUAUGUAUAUUUUGUACCUUUCGAUGAAUAUUUGGAAAUGAAUUAUUAUAGCAAAGAAAAACAAAAUAGAAGGCAUGAGAAGAUAAAGGAAUUUCUUAUGGUACAGGGCCUGACAAAUUCGUGCCUUUCGGGAAGGGGGAUUUUUUGAUGAGAAAUGAAAAAGUAGUUGAAAUGUCACAGGUCCAAUUUUCGAGAAAAAAAACUAAUUGCAAUUUUACUUUCAAGCAUAAAUAUUAUUAUCGAUUAACGGUUAUAGUUUUUUAUAAUUGGUCUAGAUAUAUUUUUGGUUUGGUACAAUAAAAAGUUUAGAUUUGA